GAAAAGGUUGGAUGCGCGCAGAGAUCGAGGGGAGAGCUUUGUUGACAAGGGGACCCCCAAUGACUCACUGGAAAAUCUGUGGUGGAAGAGGGGUCACCUGUAUGUGGCGAGCGAGGGGAGAGGCUGGACACCAAGAGGCGUUUGGGCGCUCGUCGGAGGAACCGCGUGAAAAACGGGCAACGUGAGACAGGAAGCCAUGUAAACGGGACUAGCCGGCCGCGUCUGGUUCAAAUGGCUCAGAUAAGAGAAGCAGGCUUGACUCUGGAAGUGGGUGCAACCUUCCUGAAGGUACGUAAGGUGCAGAGAAGUCCUGUCCAAACAAGGUCACAGAAGAGGUUUGUUUGUGGUCCAAACAGGGUUGUCCAUUCAUCUUGGGGAAAUCAGGUGGAAGAGGAACUUGAGGAGACUAAUAAAUGGAGGGUGGCAACGGCAGAGGACUUUGAGUCCCCUUGUGAAGAUGGACCACCAGAACCUGCCUAUCAAGGCCACCACCAAAGUCCAAAGAUGUCUCCCACACCUCUGGAAACUCAGACGGGGCGCAGACUGGAAGGUACAGUGGCUUCUGCAGAUCAUUUUGGGGGAGUUCGGGAAAUGUGCGUCAAAUCAGAAGCUCUGGAGGGUUCUGGAUACGAAAGCAUGUGCAACCCACAUCCCACUCUGAUGAAAGCCCAGAGAGCCUCGGUCAAGGAAGAGAUGGGUCCAGGGAGUGAAUAUUCUUUGGAAACUCAACAGGAGGAAAACGUUAGCCCACCGCCAACCCCAUUUCUCAGCAGUAAAGACGCAUCUGUUCUUGAGUUCGCCAACGACCUUGCAAGAGGCGAGAAAGGUAUCUCCGUAAGGAAGAGCGAGAGGAUAUUCUCGUGCCCUGUGUGUGGGAAAGGGUUUAAUCAGAAAUCCAAUCUUACCAGGCACCAUAAAAUCCACACCACGGAAGGGCCUUAUAAAUGCGGCGAGUGCGGAGAAAGCUUCAGGAUGAACCGGAAGCUUCUCAGGCACCAGAGGACACACGUGAGCGAGCCUUUCAAGUGCACAGAAUGCGGGAGAAGCUUCAACCAGAGGUCCAACCUGGUGAGACACCAGAGGAUCCACACUCGGGAGGCCCCUUACCAGUGUCCGGAAUGCGAGAAAACCUUCAACCAGAAGGGCAACCUUUUCCGACACCGGACAAUCCACGUCCGGAUGGGGCCGUGCAACUGCACCAAAUGCGGGAAGCCGUUCUCCCAGAGGAGGAACCUCAUCAAACACCAGAAACUCCACAUGAGCGACGGGGCCCACAAGUGCCGCGAGUGCGGGAAGCGGUUCCGGCUGAGAAAAUACCUCCGGCGACACCAGAAGAUCCACAGCCGGGAAGCGCCGUUUAGCCGUAAAUGGCGCGGGGAUGGCUUUGGUCUUGGGAGAAGCGCUGGAGGUCUCCACGUAGUUAACAAAGAGCAGAGGGCAUUUCCGUCUGUGGACAGCGAGGAAGCUUGA